AUGAGCGACAAUCCACUCGCUGUUCUUCCCUCUUCCCGCUGGGAUCUCCCCGACAAAAAGAUGUCCCUCGACUUCCCGCCCCCCAACAACAACCAGCUAUACCCAUCCCAGGCCGACAUCGACCAGCCAUUCGCCAUGCACGCCGACAGCGCGUCCCCCACACAUCCCCACAUCAACGGCGGCCACCACCACCUCCACCCCUUUGACCAGCAGGAGUCCAUGGACACCUCCGACCACGCCUCCUAUGGCCUCUUCCCAGACUCGACCACCUCCUCGUCCUUCACCUCCAACCGCUACCGCACAAACGCGUCCUCCUCGUCCUCCCUCGGUCACAGCUACGGCAUCAACUCGGACAAUAUCUACUCGCACAACUCCUUCGCAGACUCCGUGCCCUCCUUCAAUGGGUCCAAUGGAAACCCCUACGACAUCGUCAGCACCAUCAGCAGCGGCAAGGUCUCGCCCCUUACCCCCUCUGACUCGGUCAGUGGCGGCAUUCACCACUCGUCGGCCUUUCCGCCGCCCGUCCCCGCGAAGGACUAUCCGCCCCAGCCUUUCGGCGAUAUGCACGACCGAAGGCUUCCCGGCGUGGGCUCCGCAGGAUACCAUUCAGAAUACCCCGACGAUUAUACGAUCGGCGGCGGCGGCAUGAACAACGGACUCUCUUUCGGCCCCUCCACGAUGCAGCACUUCAAUGACCGCCUCGGCCGCUUCCCCCCGGAGCGCUACAGUCAUCCCAGCCAGCAGCCGUCCACCGUGCCCUCCCAUAUCUCAAGCCACGGUCCGGACAUGAUGCGUGGGGUAGCCCCUCAUGCCACCCAUUCAUUCCGUGACAACAAUGUGUCCCCGUAUGAUGACAUGCACUACCUCGGAAAUUCACAUUCCGAGGUUCGAAUGAAUGCGGUUGACGAAACGUUGUCCAGGAUGAAGCUGCAAGGCCACCCGAUCAUGGGCGCUUCGAAUGAUCUUCAGACGUUCAUUAGGCCCUUCCUCGAUCAAUACGUGCGCACGCCGAACCGACUGGCCUUCGGUGAACGCACGGUGAUCGUCAUGUCAAGCAAAGUUGCCCAAAAGUCGUAUGGGACUGAGAAGCGUUUCCUUUGCCCUCCACCUACUGCCAUCAUGAUUGGCAACUCCUGGUGGUCGGAUGUCGUUCGCCGGGGUGAAGAGCCCAAGCUCUGCCCACCCCGCGUGAUCGUCUCCAUCUCAGGAGAACCUGCUCCUCAGGAAGGCACUAUCGAGUGGACUGGUUCAUCAGGGAAAUCCUUCGAUGUCAGCGAUCCUCCCACAGGGACGACCUACAUUGGCCGUUGUGUGGGCAAGCAACUCUUUAUUUCCGACGUCGACGAGAAGAAGAAAAAGGUCGAAGCCCUCGUCAAGAUUACUGCGCCAGCGUCCGACGACGAGCCUGAGCGUGUAAUCGGCGUGUUCCCCUCCAGGCCUAUUAAGGUGAUCAGCAAACCCAGCAAGAAGAGGCAGAGUGCCAAGAACCUGGAACUCUGCAUCAAUCAUGGCUCGACGAUUUCGUUGUUCCAUCGUCUGCGUUCGCAGACGGUGUCUACCAAGUACCUCUGCGUAUCUGGCUCAGGCUCCUCUUUCAAGGGAUCGGAUGGUGCUCCCUUGAUGGGCCUCGAUCAACGGUCGCGUUCCAACACCCCUUCGUUCAUCGCGCGAACCGCCAGCUGGGACCCUUUCAUCAUGUACAUCGUCGAUGUCAAUAAACCCGGCGGUGCAGGUCUCGAGGCCCCACCUCCACCGCCGCCGCAGAUGGAAUACCCAUCGCCCCCACCCAACGCCAUCCCUUUCACAAACAACGGAUCGCAGAUCCCGAUUUACUACAAUCAGACUGUAGUAUUGCAAUGCCUGACUUCUGGCGUCGUCAGCCCGGUCCUUAUUAUCCGAAAGGUCGACCACCAGACGACCGCCGUCGGUGGUGGGCUGCAGGAGGGCGCCAAAGGCAUCGCGGACCACUACUGUGUGGCAGGAGAGGUGUGCGGAGAUCCUGUCUCCCAGCUGCACAAGAUCGCGUUUGAGGUGUUCGACCCGAACAAGGGCAUGCCCGAGCCUGGCACUCCAGGCGCUACGGGUGCUUUCUUGUCGUGCAUGGGCGAGAAAGUGAACACCUACCGCCCUAUUGAAGGCCGCCAGUGGAACAGUAACGCUUCCAACGGCUCGACCUCGCCUGGCAUCCCUGGGUCCCCCAUCUCGCCGACCGUGGGCUCGUCGAGCAACAGCGAGUACUUUGGCAAAGUCGACAGUGCGCCUGCCUCGCCAUCUGCUUCGGAGUUCCUGGCCUCGAACGAUGGUGGCCGUGUCCUCGUCAAGAAACCCAAGCGCUCGACGUCGAGCGCGGGUGGGAUCAGCAAGCCUGUGGCCAAGGGCCGCCGACGGCCGAGUUCGGCAGGUUCUGUAUCCUCGCGUCGCGGGACUGUGAGCGAUGCUGGGGCGUCUUCUGGGGCUCUCUGGCAGGUCGAUAUCGGUGAGACGAGCGUCUGGACGAUCGUUGGAACGGAUCAAAUCCGUUAUAACUUCUACGUACCUCCCGUCCUCUUCGACAACCAGCACGCGCCUCAAACAGGAUCCUUCCCGAUACCCUCGAAGCCCGUAACGCCCUUCCCCGGUGUUGUCAAGUACCUGCCGCCCGACAGAGCAGCAGAGGCACCCAAGUCGAACUGCGCCCAGUCGCGCGCGAUGCUGGCCAAGCCCAACCCGCACGCAUCGAAGAUGCUAACCGUGUACGGGGAGAACUUCUCCAAGAACGAUCCUGUGCAUGUCUUCUUUGGGUCGGAGCCGUCGCCGUACGUCGAGGUUCGGUGCACGGAGGUGCUCGGGUGCUUGCCGCCGGAGUCGCAGAUCGUCAAGCGCCGGCCGAUCAUCCUCAUUCGCUCGGAUGGCGUUGUCUUCCCGUCGAGUACCAUGUACCCGUAA